CUUUGAGUUUGGCUUUUGGGUUUGCCUAUAAAAAGCAAUUGUCGCUGAGCUUCAGAACCACAGACUGAGUUCAUUUGUCAGCCAAGCAGCAGCACAAAAUCUCCAAAAAAACAAAAUCUCCGCAACAAUGGCCCAACAGUUGUUAAUCGUCUUGAGCGCUUUGCUGGCUCUGAGCAGCGCUGUCGUUGUGCCAGGACCUGGUGUCGCCUUGCCCGCUCUGCCGGCAUAUCCUUCGCUCGCCGCACCCGUCUACCCUAAACUGGCGGCGCCCGUUUAUCCCGCAUUGGCCAAGGUGGCUGUUGCCAAGGUGGCUGCUCCCGAGCCAUACGAUCCCAAUCCUCAGUACAGCUACAGCUACGAUGUGCAUGAUGGUUCCACUGGUGAUGUGAAGAGCCAGCAGGAGACACGCAGCGGCGAUGUUGUCCAGGGCGCCUACUCGCUCAUCGAGGCCGACGGCACUCGUCGCAUUGUGGAGUACACCGCCGAUCCUGUCCAUGGCUUCAACGCUGUGGUCCGUCGCGAGGGUGCUGUGGUUAAGGCUGUUGCCCCCGUUGCCAAGGUGCUGGCUCCGGCUCCACUGUUGCACGCUCCGGUUGUGGCCAAGCUGCCCGCUCUGCCAGCUCUGUCCGCCUACCACGCCCCCGCUCUGGCUCCCGCCUACCACGCUCCGGCUUUGGCACCCGCCUAUUCUCCACUGGCGCCCGCUUACUCACCACUGGCCUACCACUAAGUCAUCAUCCGCUGAAUUACUGAAGAACAACCAACAACAAUAACGUUGCCGACCUCUUGCCCCAUAACGGACACAUCGCAGAAACUUCUCCUCCAAUUGGUCAGGCGAAGCUUGGCCUAUCGAUAGUCGAUAGUUGUAGUAUUAGUUGAAAUGAAAGCGAUUUAUCGAUAACUCUACAUGUACAUAUGAAUUUAACCGUCGUGUG